AUGUCCGACCCUGAUCGUCCUGAGGAAGCCCAGAGCUGGCAGGGCGACUUUGACCCUUUCGCAGACCAAGAGGAACGCCGCGUUCUCUUUGCUGCGUUCGAUUCGUUCAGACUCUAUCGACGGACGGCGCAUCUUAAUACAACGCACCGUCGCCGCCAGUCAUUAUAUGCAUUACCAUCAGCGCAUUGGCAGAUGCUGGCACAGCCGCCUUUCUCUAUACUAGACACUUUGAAUCAAGUCGACGAUGCAAUUGAUGCCAAUGCCGACCUUGCCGACGCAAUUCUCACCACGGGCCUCCAAUCUUUCGGGCUGGCACCCAAUCCAGACCAGAACGACCCUCACGAAGACUGGCAUGGAGUCGCCACCAGUGGCGAUGUAGGUAAAGCUCACUCUACCAUCCGCCAAUUCUACCGCGACUGGAGCGAGGAGGGCAAGCGCGAGAGAGAAGUUUGCUAUGACCCAGUGCUUGCCGUUCUGGAUCAGUCCUUUGGGCAUAACCCAAACAGACCCAGGUCUGAUUUUCGUGUCUUAGUGCCAGGCGCAGGACUGGGACGCUUGGUUUUUGAUAUUUGUGCUGCGGGUUAUGCCGCCGAAGGCAAUGAGAUUUCCUAUCAUCAGCUGCUGGCUAGUAGCUGGAUACUGAAUCAUUCGGAGGGUGCACGGCAACAUGCUCUAUAUCCAUUUGUGCUGCAUUUCUCCAACAUAAUUUCUCGGAAACAGCAACUACAGAAAGUCAUGAUUCCGGACGUUCACCCAGCGUCGGCGAUGGCGCUAGCUCAGAAUGGAGACGGCACCUCUUCCUUUGGCAGUAUGAGCAUGUCUGCAGCCGACUUUAUCCCUCUGUAUAGCCAGGAGUCACAAAAGCACGCGUUUGAUGCUGUGGCAACGGUGUUUUUUAUCGACACAAGCCCGAAUCUGAUUCGCUACAUUGAAACGAUCAGGAACUGUCUCAAGCCGGGUGGUCUAUGGAUCAACGUUGGUCCUUUACUGUGGCAUUUCGAGAAUGAGAAGAGACGGACCGCUGCCUCAGAGAAUGAACCUGAAAACCCGGAGCAGGCAUUACGUCCCUUGGAUGAUGGGAUAGGUGAACCAGGCAACGUGGAGCUGUCGGAAGAAGAGGUAUUCCAUCUUGUCAGAAGCAUGGGAUUUACUAUUGAGGCGCAGCAAGCUCCUGCAGAAAGGCCUUACUGUGGGUAUAUACAGGACCCUGAAAGUAUGCUACAGAACUUGUAUCGACCAUCCAUAUGGGUGGCGCGGAAGAUGGACAGAGAAUGA